GAAUUUCCAUUACUAUUUUUUUUUCAUUUGAAAAGGUGUACAAGGAAUGCGGAUCCCCAAAAUCUCACAAGUGUCUCAGAAUUCCAUCUCAUGGGACUCUCAGAGGAUCCAGAACUGCAGCCCAUUCUCUUUGGACUGUUCCUGUCCAUGUACUUGGUCUCGGUUCUUGGAAACUUGCUCAUCUUCCUGAUUGUUAGCUCUGACUCAAACCUACACUCCCCUAUGUACUUCUUCCUCUGCAACCUGUCCUUGGCUGACAUUGGCUUCAUUUCCACCACAGUCCCAAAGAUGAUUGUGAACAUCCAAACCCAUAGCAGAGUCAUCUCCUAUGUGGAUUGUCUCACACAGAUGUCUUUCUUUGCUAUUUUUGGAUGCAUGGAUGACAUGCUUCUGACUGUCAUGGCUUAUGACAGGUUUGUAGCCAUCUGUCACCCUCUGCAUUACACACUCAUUAUGAAUCCUCACCUCUGUGUCUGCUUGGUUUUGGCCUCCUUUUUGGUUAGCCUUGUGGACUCUCAGCUACACAAUUUGAUUGUCUUACAAUUACCCUACUUCAAGGAUGUGGAAAUUGCUAAUUUCUUCUGUAAUCCUUCUCAACUCCUUAAUCUAACCUGCUAUGAUGUGUUCAGUAAGAGCAUAAUUAUGUAUUUUACUGGUGCCAUAUUUGCUUUUUUUCCUAUCGCGGGGAUUCUUUUCUCCUACUAUAAAAUUGUAUCUUCCAUUCUUAGAAUCUCAUCUUCAGGUGGAAAGUACAAAGCCUUCUCUACCUGUGGGUCUCAUCUGUCAGUUGUUUGCCUAUUUUAUGGUUCAGGCAUUGGAGGGUAUCUUUGCUCUGCUCUGUCAUCUUCCCCGAGAAAUUAUUUGGUGGCCUCAGUGCUGUACACUGUAGUCACUCCUAUGUUGAAUCCCUUCAUCUACAGCCUUAAGAACAAUGACAUUAAAAGUGCUUUGAGCAGGGUGUACUGGAAGGCAAUCAAAUCUCCCUUUCAGUUUCAUACUUGUCUAAGUUUGCAUUGA